ACCGACGCAAUGAAGGUCAUCAUCUUCGCUUCCCUUCUGGCUAUUGCCAGCGCUGGAUUCGUGGGGCCACACGGUGCCGGAGCCUUCUACGGUGGCUAUGGUCACGGUGCCGCUGUUGCCGAAGCCGGGCACUCUAACCAGCACAGGUCCCAGGACCUCGCCGGAAACUACAAGUUCGGCUACAACGAGCAGCACACUAGUGGCGGAUCCUUCCGCCAGGAGUCCGGUGAUGCUUGGGGCAACAAGGCUGGUUCCUACGGUCUCCGCGACGCCGAUGGCCGUGUCCGUGUCGUGAAGUACGUCGCCGACGGCGCUGGUUUCCGCGCUCACAUAUCCACCAACGAACCAGGCACUGCUGCAUCCGCCCCAGCCGCCGCCUCGUACAACGGUGGUCACGCUAAGGUUGCUGUGGCCGCCGCCGUUCCAGUGGCUGCCUACGCAGCUGCCCCAGUUGCUGCCUACGCCGCUGCCCCCUUCGCUCACUACGGCGGGUACGGUCCAGUAGCCGCUUACGGUGGCGCUGUCGCUCACUAUGCUGCACCAGCAUUUGGUGCCUACGGAGCUUAUGGAGGUCAUGGUGCUUACGGCGCCCACAAGUAUCUCGGAUAAACCAACUAA